AUGCCCUCCAACGACUUUGUCCGAACUGUAUCUCGCAACUUCCGAGUACUUGUGAUCGGUGGCUCCUAUGGCGGUCUGGCUACUGCAUUGGCCCUCAUUGAUCUUUCACAGGGUCGCCUCGCUCGGUUCAAUUGCAACCCCGACGCCAAGGCCCCUACACAUCGCAUUCCCAUACAGAUAACUGUAGUUGACAAGCGAGAUGGUUAUUUUCAUUUGAUCGGAUCCCCCAAGGCCCUGGCUUGUGAAAAGUUCGCGUCCGAGGCAUGGACUCGCUUCCAAGAUAUUCCCGGAUUGAAGCAUCCAAAUCUUAGUUUUAUCCAGGGAAGCGUCAGUUCGCUUGAUUUCAAGGCUAAAGUCGCCCAUAUUAUCGAUGCGGAGACUAAGUCCAGCCGAUCGGAGCCCUAUGACUACUUGAUUGCAGGAUCGGGACUGCGUCGGUCCUUCCCCACUGUUCCUCAGUCCUUGCGGCGAGAUGAGUUCCUCAAGGAAGCCAGAGAACAUAUGUCACAUGUGAAGAACGCCCGUGAUGGAGUCGUUAUUGUCGGUGGAGGUGCUGUGGGUGUGGAGAUGGCUGCCGAGUUAAAGAUCCUUAACCCAGAGCAGAAGGUCACCCUGAUCCACUCUCGAAAGCGCUUGCUAUCCUCGGAGCCGCUGCCAGAUGAAUUUGCCGAGCGCGUAGAUUCUAUAUUGCGCGACACGGGCAUCGAGGUCAUCCUAGGGCAACGCGUUAUCGAAACAACUGCUGUAGACACGAAAACUGGGGGACGGGUCUGGGAACUCACGCUCAGCGAUGGUCAACAACUCAAAACUGGGCAUGUCUUGAAUGCCGUCUCUCAAAGUAUCCCAACAUCGACAUAUCUGCCGAAAGAGACAUUGAACGAGGAAGGAUACGUCAAAGUGCAUCGCUCACUACAAUUCUCCGGUGCUAUCCCUAACGCAGAGUAUCAUUGGGCAGUAGGAGAUAUUACAGCGUGGGAAGGUAUCAAGCGCUGUGGUGGUGCAAUGCAUAUGGGCCAUUACGCCGCGAUGAACAUUCAUCAGCACAUGAUGGCAGAGUGCACUGGUAGAAAGCCAGACUAUCAGACCCUGGAGCCGUUCCCAUCUGUGAUGGGCCUAGCUCUUGGCAAAAAGGCUGUCUGUUAUACCCCGGACGAGGGCACACGUGAGGGCGAAGACCUGAUGAACACCCUGUUUGGCAAAGAUAUGGGACAUACCAUUUGUUGGAACUAUAUGCGUCUCGGUGAGGCAUGCUAA